UUCAGGUUUACGGCCCUGUGGGUUUUCAGAGGCAAGUUCGGACCGUGUUGUUUUCUUCUCACGGAUCCUGCCCUUUCUUCCUGGAAAGAAGACAGCCGUGGGUCCCUAUUGUGGGGCUUUGAAGAGUCCAGGAGUGGGAAUUUCUAGAAUUUGGAAUCGAGUGCAUUUUCUGACAUUUGAGUACAGUACCGAGGGAUUCUUUGGAGAGGAACCUGGUCCCAGAGGAGCUUGACUGACCUUAAAAAUGAGUACUGCAGAUGCACUUGAUGAUGAAAACACGUUUAAAAUCUUAGUUGCAACAGAUAUUCAUCUUGGAUUUAUGGAGAAAGAUGCAGUCAGAGGAAACGAUACGUUUGUAACACUCGAUGAAAUUUUAAGACUUGCCCAGGAAAAUGAAGUGGAUUUUAUUUUGUUAGGUGGUGAUCUUUUUCAUGAAAAUAAGCCCUCAAGGAAAACGUUACAUACCUGCCUCGAGUUAUUAAGAAAAUAUUGUAUGGGUGAUAGGCCUGUCCAGUUUGAAAUUCUCAGUGAUCAGUCAGUCAACUUUGGUUUUAGUAAGUUUCCAUGGGUGAACUAUCAAGAUGGCAACCUCAACAUUUCAAUUCCAGUGUUUAGUAUUCAUGGCAAUCAUGACGAUCCCACGGGGGCAGAUGCACUUUGCGCCCUGGACAUUUUAAGUUGUGCUGGAUUUGUAAAUCACUUUGGACGUUCAAUGUCCGUGGAGAAGAUAGACAUUAGUCCAGUUUUGCUUCAAAAAGGAAGCACAAAGAUUGCGCUAUAUGGUUUAGGAUCCAUUCCAGAUGAAAGGCUCUAUCGAAUGUUUGUCAAUAAAAAAGUAACAAUGUUGAGACCAAAAGAAGAUGAGAACUCUUGGUUUAACUUAUUUGUGAUUCAUCAGAACAGGAGUAAACACGGAAGUACUAACUUCAUUCCAGAACAAUUUUUGGAUGACUUCAUUGAUCUUGUUAUUUGGGGCCAUGAACAUGAGUGUAAAAUAGCUCCAACCAAAAAUGAACAACAGCUGUUUUAUAUCUCACAACCGGGAAGCUCAGUGGUUACUUCUCUUUCCCCAGGAGAAGCUGUAAAGAAACAUGUUGGUUUGCUGCGUAUUAAAGGGAGGAAGAUGAAUAUGCAGAAAAUUCCUCUUCACACAGUGCGGCAGUUUUUCAUGGAGGAUAUUGUUCUGGCUAAUCAUCCAGAUAUUUUUAACCCAGAUAAUCCUAAAGUAACCCAAGCCAUACAAAGCUUCUGUUUGGAGAAGAUUGAAGAAAUGCUUGAAAAUGCUGAACGGGAACGUCUGGGUAAUUCUCGCCAGCCAGAGAAGCCUCUUGUACGACUGCGAGUGGACUAUAGUGGAGGUUUUGAACCUUUCAGUGUUCUUCGCUUUAGCCAGAAAUUUGUGGAUCGGGUAGCUAAUCCAAAAGACAUUAUCCAUUUUUUCAGGCAUAGAGAACAAAAGGAAAAAACAGGAGAAGAGAUAAACUUUGGGAAACUUAUCACAAAACCUUCAGAAGGAACAACUUUAAGGGUAGAAGAUCUUGUAAAACAGUAUUUUCAAACUGCAGAGAAGAAUGUGCAGCUCUCACUACUAACAGAAAGAGGGAUGGGUGAAGCAGUACAAGAAUUUGUGGACAAGGAGGAGAAAGAUGCCAUUGAGGAACUAGUGAAAUACCAGUUGGAAAAAACACAGCGAUUUCUUAAAGAACGUCAUAUUGAUGCCCUAGAGGACAAAAUCGACGAGGAGGUACGUCGUUUCAGAGAAAGCAGACAAAAAAAUACUAAUGAAGAAGAUGAUGAAGUCCGUGAGGCUAUGACCAGGGCCAGAGCGCUCAGAUCUCAGUCAGAGGAGUCUGCUUCUGCCUUUAGUGCUGAUGACCUUAUGAGUAUAGAUUUAGCAGAACAGAUGGCUAAUGACUCUGAUGAUAGCAUCUCAGCAGCAACCAACAAAGGAAGAGGCCGAGGAAGAGGUCGAAGAGGCGGAAGAGGGCAGAAUUCAGCAUCAAGAGGAGGGUCUCAAAGAGGAAGAGCAGACACUGGUCUGGAGACUUCUACGCGUAGCAGGAACUCAAAGACUGCUGUGUCAGCAUCUAGAAAUAUGUCUAUUAUAGAUGCCUUUAAAUCUGCAAGACAGCAGCCUUCCCGAAAUGUCACUACUAAGAAUUAUUCAGAGGUGAUUGAGGUAGAUGAAUCAGAUGAGGAAGAAGACAUUUUUCCUACCACUUCAAAGACAGAUCAAAGGUGGUCCAGCACAUCAUCCAGCAAAAUCAUGUCCCAGACCCAAGUAUCAAAAGGGGUUGAUUUUGAAUCAAGUGAGGAUGACGAUGAUGAUCCUUUUAUGAACACUAGUUCUUUAAGAAGAAACAGAAGAUAAUAUAUUUAAUGGCACUGAGAAACAUGCAAGAUAACAGGAAAAAUCAAAAUGUUAUAAGCUAAGAGUUUACAUUUUAAGAUUUUAAGUAUUGUUUCCUGAGCAUGACUCCAUAAGUAAGAAAGUUCUAGCUCAAGGACAUAAACAAUAACAUUGAUUCACCUUGUUUUUUUAACCUGGUUGUUAUAGUAAGAGCUUUGUUUCAAUAUCAUUCUUGAGUUAAGAUUAAAAUAAAGCUACCAUUUUACAUUUCUGCUUCAUGAUCAAAAACUAUGUCAGUAUUUUAAUAUGGUUACAUUUAGCCAAAGUUGAGGGAAAGAGCUUAUAACAUUUAACUUCUUUGUAAUUUUAGUAAUUUCCUAGAGGUUCCGGGUUUCCUGAAAGUAAAACAAUUAAUG